AUUUCUGGACCCUGAGGGGUUCCUGAGUAUCGGGUUGGAGGCAGGACCCCUGGGUUGGGGGGGUGACUGGGCUCAGGGCCGAUGGGUAGUAGGGGUGCCCGGGAGUCCCAGGGAUGUCUGGAUGAGCUGCACUGUUCAGACCAUGGACACUGAGGUGUCUCUGCUGCUGCAGUGCCCCCCGGGCGGGCUGCCCGAGGAUCAAGUACGAGCUGAGCUGAGCCCAGCCCACGACCGUCGUCCACUGCCAGGAGGGGACAAGGCCAUCGCUGCUGUCUGGGAGAGCCGGCUACAGGCCCAGCCCUGGCUUUUUGAUGCUCCUAAGUUCCGCCUGCACUCUGCGGCCCUGGUGCCCACUGGCUCCCAGGGGCCACAGUUGCUUCUGCGCCUGGGCCUUACUUCCUAUCGAGACUUUCUGGGCACCAACUGGGCCAGUUCAGCUGCCUGGCUGCGACAGCAGGGGGCUGCCGACUGGGGUAACAAGCAAGCCUACCUAGCAGACCCUCUGGGGGUCGGCGCAGCACUGAUCACCGCUGAUGACUUUCUUGUCUUCCUGCGUCGCUCUGGGCGAGUGGCUGAGGCACCUGGGAUGGUGGACGUGCCUGGUGGGCACCCUGAGCCUCAGGCCCUGUGCCCUGGUGACAGCCCUCUGCACAAGGACCUCCCUGGGGAGCUGGUGGUACAUGAGCUCUUCUCCAGUGUCCUCCAGGAGAUCUGUGAUGAGGUGAACCUGCCACUGCUCACCCUGAGCCAACCGCUGUUAUUGGGCAUUGCGUGCAAUGAGACCAGUGCGGGCCGUGCCAGUGCCGAGUUCUACGUCCAGUGCAGCCUGACUUCAGAGCAGGUGAGAAAGCACUACAUGAGUGGGGGACCUGAGGCCCACGAGUCCACGGAAAUUAUCUUUGUGGAGACACAGUGCGUGAGGAGGUUGCAGGAGACUGAAAUGUGGGCUGAACUCUGCCCCUCCGCCAAAGGCGCCAUCUUCCUCUACAACCUGGUCCAGGGAAGUCCCACCUGAGUCGCCCUCGGGUCCCCAGUCCUAUCACCACAGCUCGAAAGACAAUAAAGGACUUUAUUCUUGGA